AACGCUCUUUGCAAAACCACGAAGAAGAAACGACCUAACCAGGAAAAGGAAGAAGUAGAAGAAGACCAUCCGUCAUAACAAAAGGAAAAGCAGCGGGGUUGUUCAUCAUUAGCUGCUAAUAGAACUUCUACCAUUCCACUUCACCUGUAUGAGAUACCACCAACGGGAACGGUCACCUGAGCUAUUAUACAUUUGGUUGGGGUGGCAGACGCUUACUCUACCACCAGACGCCGUGUGCGUGUUUCUUUUAUAAUUUCAUUUUGAAACUACGUAGACCAACUUGCUUCUUAUAACAUUCGCUGAAUCAGCAAACCUGAGAUGCGCUGAAGACGAAAGGAAGGGGCGCUUCACUGCAGUCAGAUGAUGAGCAUAAAGAGACUUUAGCUGAACAUCAGCGGUAUCAUGGAGGAAGACAACAGGCCUCUGCUGAGCCCAGAGCAGACUGGAGAGUCCUACUCAAACCGAGGCUCCACAGACUCGCUGGACUUCAAGGCUAAAAGGCCUUUCCACGUUGAGCCCAGGAAUAUUGUAGACGAUGACCCGCAGGAGAGGGUCUCUGCCGAGGCUGCCAUCCUCAAUAGCCGAGUCCAAUACUACAGCAGACUGACAGCCUCUUCUGACAGACUGCUGAGUCCCCCUAACCAUGUGAUCCCUGGACCGGAAGAGCUUUACAUCUACAGCCCACUGGGGACAGCUUUCAAGGUGACCGGCAGCGACCCCUCCUCUAAAAACCCAAGUAUCAUCACCAUAUUUGCUAUAUGGAACACGAUGAUGGGCACGUCUAUACUCAGCAUACCUUGGGGUAUGAAGCAGGCCGGCUUCACUCUGGGGAUCCUCAUCCUCAUCUUCACUGGCCUGCUGAUGCUCUACUGCUGUUACAUUGUCCUCAAAUCACCAAAGGCAAUACCCUACGUGGACGCAUCCGACUGGGAAUUCCCUGAUGUUUGCAAGUACUACUUUGGCAAGUUUGGCCAGUGGUCCAGCUUGAUCUUCUCGAUGGUGUCACUUAUUGGAGCCAUGGUGGUUUACUGGGUCCUCAUGUCCAAUUUUCUCUACAACAGCGGACAGUUUAUCUACAACUAUGCACACAAUGUCAACAUGUCUGAUUUAGAAUUUGGAACCAACGGCUCAGAAAAAGUCAUCUGUCCAUUUCCAAAAACUGAGCCUGCAGGGAACCACACCAUGGGAAAACUUUUCCUUGGUAACAGCGGAAAUGAAACUUCUGAUGUCUCUUUUGAACGCUGGUGGAGCAAAACCAACACCAUCCCCCUCUACCUCAUCCCCCUGCUGCUGCCGCUGCUCUGUUUCCGCUCAGCCUCCUUCUUUGCCAGGUUCACCUUCUUGGGUACCAUAUCAGUGGUCUACCUGAUCGCGCUGGUCACUAUCAAAGCUGUCCACCUCGGCUUCCACCUCGAGUUCCACUGGUUUGACACGACUCAGUUUUAUGUUCCAGAGUUCAGACUUCUCUUCCCUCAGUUCACUGGUGUCCUCACUCUGGCCUUCUUCAUUCAUAACUGUAUCAUCACAUUAAUGAAGAGCAACAAGCACCAAGAGAACAAUGUGCGAGACCUUUCUGUGGCCUAUCUCCUAGUGGGGCUGACCUAUCUCUAUGUUGGAGUGUUGAUCUUUGCUUCCUUUCCUUCACCUCCUCUAUUCAAAGACUGCAUUGAACCGAAUUUUCUAGAUAACUUCCCCAGCAGUGAUGUGAUGGUGUUUGUGGCUCGGACUUUCCUGUUGUUCCAGAUGGUCACAGUCUACCCACUGCUGGGAUACUUGGUGCGGGUCCAGGUGAUGGGCCAGAUCUUUGGCAACCAUUACCCAAGUUUCUUCCACAUUCUGGCACUGAACAUAUUAAUCGUUGGAGCUGGUGUCCUGAUGGCCAGGUUUUAUCCCAAUAUUGGAUCCAUCAUAAGGUUUUCUGGAGCUACAUGUGGCUUGGCCUUAGUGUUUGUCUUCCCUGCCUUAGUCCACAUGAUCUCGCGGAGAAGGCAGGGGCUUCUUCGCUGGCCCUCAGUCCUCUUCCACAGUUUCCUGAUUAUUCUGGGCAUCGCUAACCUCCUGGCUCAGUUCUUUAUGUAAAGAUGUCAGACACAAACCCUGAGAUCUCAGAAGUGAAAAACAGAAUGUAGACCUUGUUCAUAUUGAUGAAUUAUAUUCAUCUGAAAGACAGACAGCGCUCCAAAGGACGAUCAUGUUGGAUGUGGAAAUAAGGAUUGGUUUAUUAACAUGUUGAUCAUAUCUACUUUAAAGGUGAUUCCAUUGCAAGUCUAAAUGCUUUACACAUGGCUUACCACUGGAUUUCAGGAUCACAUGGAGUUGAGUUAUGCUAACACUGUGAAACCACAUUACUAACUUUGAUUACGAUAACUAUUUGUUUAUAUGUGUGAGCAUCUUUACAGUUUUACAAGCAGUGUUUAAUGUGUCAUAUUUAACUGACAUAUUUAAGGAUACGAUAAACAAAGGGAAUAUCUGCGUCUAAAUAAAAAAUGAGGGAAACUGGUUUCACACAGAUUGUUAGGUGAGACAAGAAAACAUUAUUGGAGAGAUUGAUUUUAGUAGACAAUGUAAAGCAUGCAAAUCGACACCUCAGUAAUGCCAAGAAAUAUAAAAAGGAAUCUUUUCAAGGCAGGUGACGGUGUUUUGAACGUCCUUCCGAAAGCAGGGAAAAUGUUGCUGUUGGCCAAAUGUGCAUUGAAGCAGAAUACUUGUUACAGAGAAGUACUUGAUUAUUAAAUGAUUUCAAUUACUUUUCAUAAAUAAACGUUGACUUUUGAAUU